CAACCUCUGUGCUCACUUUGUCUAUUGCCCAUUAGUUCCAUCUUCCAUCUUCUCUGGCAACUGUGUAAACACCUCCAAACUCAUCAACAACCACAAUGGCUUCCAUCCGUGCCAUCCGCCCUUUGAUCCGUCAGGCGCCGCGAGCGGCCUCGAGGACUCCCGCCAUCCAGAAGCGAUUCUUGAACAUCGAGAAUGCGCCUGUCAUCUUCUCUUCUCAUGCCACUGUGACGGGCGGACGUGCGCAAGGACACAUCGAAGGCGACAACAUCAAGCUCGACCUCGGCAUGCCCAAAGCCCUCGGCGGCGACGGCGCCAAAGCAAACCCGGAAGAGCUCUUCGCCGCCGGCUACGGCUCCUGCUUCCAAAGCGCCAUGGGUAUCGCCUCGCAGCAAGUGGGCGUCAAGCUGCCGAGCGACACCGACUAUUCGAUCGAGACGACGGUGCAUCUCAUCGGGAGCAUGAAGGAAGUUGAUUUGGGGUUGCGGGUGGAGAUGAAGGUCAAGGCGAAGGGAGUCAGCAAGGCGGAUUUGGAGAAGGUGAUUGCGAAGACGAAGGAGAUUUGUCCGUAUAGUCGUGCGACGAAGGGGAAUGUGGUUACGAAUGUGGAGGCGGUAGUGUCGUGAUGCUUUGGCUGGACUGAACGGCGUUAUAAUGGUGAAUAUUGCAACGAGAAACAUCUAUCAGGUAU